UCGCCGCGUUUAUUCCUCUCCACCCAAGCGCCGUUGACGAUGACAUGUGUGGUCACGUGACUAGACUAGUACACUUUGUAGAGGGCCCCGUCAAGUCGCCAUAGUGAGCAUCCGCCAGAUGUUAAUAUUAUUUAUACGGACGCAAAUAUGUUACUGAAAUCCGGCUUGCGCUCAACGUCCCCCGUGGCGAGCCUAGCACGGUCAGCGCAAAGGACAUGUAUGGUGCCCAACCGAACAUUCACAUCAUCAGCAUGUCACUUCCAACAAACGGAGCAGACUAGCUCGUUCAAAGAAGGGGCGUCGGCUUUCCGCCCUUUUGGGCGCCCCUUUGCAAAGGUUUUUCUCGGCGCCAUCUUCACAUACCAAGUCAUUUACUGGGGGUGGUCGAAGCUUGAAGCAAGUGAAAAAAAGUUGUUGAAGAAUGAGGAGGUCCGCAGUCUGGAGAAACAGGCCAAGGAAUUGGCUGCAAAAACAAAAUAAUGAAUUCUUGGAUUAAAUCAUUUUGUAUGCAUACAUAAUAACAUGGAUGGUGUCUUUUUGAUAAACUCUAUUCGAUGCACAAGCGAUCUGUCUAAGCGCUUGUUCAGAAUGCCCCAAUAUACGCAAGAUGAAGGCAUUUUUACAAGGCAGUCAUGUCGCGGUGUGUAAAUUAUAUGUAGAU